CAGGACAGAACCACUCUGAGGACAGCAGCCACCCCCUCACCCCCCCAUGUACCCCCAUCCCUAAAGUCAAACAUUAACCAGGGCGCUGUGAGGGGCCAGCUGUCCCUGUCCCCCCCCAACCCCCUCCAUCCCUUCUCCCUGUCCCCCCCAUCCUUCCUGGCAACGGGGUGACAUCAGCAGUGGCCAGAACCCAGGCGGGGGGAUAUAAGGGCAGCUCAGUGCUGCAGCUCUGCCACCCUCGAUCAGGAGCUGCCACCAGUGCUGCCAUCGUGUCCCCGUGCCACGUCCUAAGGAAGCAGGUGAGGAAGCGGUGCCACGGGGCAGAACUGGGGCCGUUUGUGGGCUGCUCAGCAGGUUGUGCGUGCACACACGCGUGUGCAAGGGGCGAGCUGACACCGCACUGCUGCGCCGCAGCCAUGCCGCCCCGCUGGGCCUCGCUGCUGCUGCUGGCCUGCAGCCUGCUGCUGUUUGCUGUGCCCCCCACCACCGCCGGCCCCUCGCAGCCCACCUACCCCGGGGAUGAUGCUCCUGUGGAGGACCUCAUCCGCUUCUACAACGACCUGCAGCAGUACCUCAACGUGGUCACACGGCACCGGUACGGCCGGCGGUCCAGCAGCCGGGCGCUGUGUGAGGAGCCCAUGGGUGCUGCUGGGUGCUGA